AUGUACUUUAAGAAGUCGAUUUUCUUGUUGGCCGCGGCGCGUGUUGUCCUUGCAAAGGUUCAAUUUCUAGGAGUUUCUAUUGCGGGAGGCGAAUUCGGGUGUAAGAACGAUGGAACAUGUCCUUUAGACUCCGCAAAACUUCCUGACGAUGGAGUUACUCAAAUGUGGCACUUUGUCGGAGAUGACGCCAUCAAUAUACUGAGAAUGCCAACAUCAUGGCAGUUUCUCGUCAACGACAAUUUAGGCGGAAAGCUCGAUAGCAACAACUUUGAUAAAUAUGACCGAUUGAUGCAGGCUUGUCUCGCCACCGGCGCAUACUGUAUGAUCGAUAUCCACAACUACGCUCGAUGGAACGGCAAGAUCAUCGGACAGGGUGGACCGACGGAUGACCAGUUCGUCAAUCUCUGGGAACAGUUGGCGAAGAAGUACUCCGACGAGGAUAAGGUUGUCUUCGAGCUCAUGAACGAGCCGCACGACAUCGAUGUCGAUACGUGGGCGAAGACUUGCCAGCAAGUUGUCACGGCUAUUAGAAAAGCGGGCGCGACGAAGCAGAUGAUACUGCUUCCUGGAUCAAAUUCCGAUGGCGUGGCGACACUAACCAAGGACGGCGGUGCGGAGCAAUUGCUAGAUAUCACGAACCCUGACGGAUCAACAGAUAAUCUGCUCUUGGAUAUCCAUGCUUAUUUAGAUAAGGACGGCUCGGGGACGAACAAGCAGUGUUCAACGGAUAACACUGAUGCGUUCACGGACCUUGCGAAGUUCCUGAGGAAAAAGGGGAGGAAAGGUCUCGUCAGCCAGACCGGUGCGUCGCAAGAUUCUUCUUGUCUUAAGAUGUUUUGUGCGCAAAACACACUUAUCAACGACAACUCGGACGUCUUCGUAGGCAUAGUUGGUUGGGGCGCUGGCAACAUCGAGACCUCUGAUAUCCUAAGCUUGACGCCGUCGAAAAAAGAUGGACGUUUAGUUGAUAAUCAGUUGAUGUCUGAAUGUCUGGUCGAUACAUGGGCCAAUGCUAAGGAAGUAAUUGAUCCGCCAAAGCCGGAGCCGGAGUCGACAACAAAGGAAUUCAUUCCUACUUUUACUACCUCCUUAUCGAGGAGCAUUGUUACGCCACCUGCGCGCACAUCUUCAUCUGCAGACUCUGUAGACUUCGACGAACCGGUUGUCACGGUCCAUGUCCUUUCCGAUAUAAUUACAAAAUAUUACAUUAACAUGUCUGAACUGUCGGAAUCUAUAAAGGCUAUACAAGAAGCGUCCAAGGAAGACCGCUUUACAUAUCUCACCAUCCUCCAAUACCAUGUUACUUCUCCAGAAAUCUUACCGGCCUUAAAUGAAGUCCUCCAAGAUGCCGAUCUCACGCAAGAAAUUGGUUGGGAUCUGGUACAGAUGCUACUGAACAUCGAUGGCUCGGAAACAUGUCUCGAGACGGUGGCCCGUUUAGGAAACCCCCGCGAAGUCGUCAUUAAAGUUAUGGAGGCGCUGGAGGGUCUUACUGUCGCCUGGAAUGACGAAGUAGUCGUCGAUGUGGAGGAACCCGGACUCAUCCCGGACUCCAAAAUACCGGGGAAAUUCAUCACUCUACUUGGCAUGCUCGCGAUUCUUCACCAGCGUAUCAAGACAAAGUACCCCUCUCGAUUUCUGGGGCCAUCGCUAGUGAAGGUGUUCGAGGCCUAUCAGCCCACACCGGAGAUGACUGCCUCCGUAAUAAAUCUAGUCUAUUCGCUCUCAGGCCGUAAAAGGCCACCCUUACCCUCUAGGAAAUCUAGCAUUAAUGUGGCCAAUCCCGAUCAAGAUGGAGAUGAUUCUAAGAAUGCGCCCGAUCCUGAGGCUGAGCAGGAGGAUCCAAAAGAGGAAGCCAUGCAGCAGAAGCUACUACAAGCUUUUGUUACGUGUAUCUUACAGCGAUAUGUAAAUGCAUACGACAUGCUAUGGUCACCUCGACUUCUGGAGGUAUACCACCCGCAAAAGAAUGUUCCAGGUAAGAAGACGACGAUUGAAGCGUUUAGGGAAAACGAGGAACUACAAAAACGAGAUGCAGUAGUAGGACAUCUUGUUGCCUUACUACGUGAUCUCGGUCUAAGUAAUUGCUCAAAACAGUUCGUAAAGAGUAUUUCCGAAGGUCCAGUUCAUAGAGAUCCCCUGGCAGCUUUCGACGACUUUUCCUCGGUGGAUGAUAUACACUACUCCCCGGGUGGGUCCGUGUGUCUUAUCGCCUACUGGUUAUUCUCGAGAGACGUCUUCGGCUCAGAUAGCCCUUGGCCCGAGAUGCACAUAUUCCCGGACCAUGCCUCGAUACUCGGGCGAUUUCUUGGCAGGGAAAUGCAGUCAGAGAUUCUUGCUAGUCCGGGAAUCGCCGAUGCUUUACUAGCUAUCGGACUCGGACUCGAAUAUCGGAAACUAGUAAAAGCUGAAGAUUAUACAAAUCUAAUGGCCUAUCACCAUAAUCUGACGCUCAUCUCAGUAUUCCAUCCGGACAUUCAAGUCAGGAACGCCGCCACAUCAUUUGCUGGCACUCUUCUCCACUCCGAGCCUGACGACCAUAACCGAUUAGAAAUCCUCGAGGAUCUAUUAGAGAACUGCAUGUUUGCGUCUCUCAAAGCAUGUGCGAUCACGUGGCUAAAAGAAGAGCUCAUCGCCGCCAGGGAAAGCAAGCGAUCCAAUCAGUUCUCUUCCCCUGACGUCAUUGAACGACUACAAUAUUUCUUAUUCCCCGAUAUGCUGUCCUUAAACGAAUCGAGCCCCGAGGCGCUAAUUGACUUUUGGGCUCAAAACAACCUAUUCCUCCUACAAGUUGCGAACUUCGCCUACUUCCUAUUUAUCGGCUUUAAGGAGCUCGUACCGGCCGGCAUGGGGGCAGCAGUGGGGCAGCGGUUUGUGGAGCCCUUAAUAGCCGCGGCGGAGAAGCUUCAGAAGGCGGAGGGAGUAGACGGUGAGAAUCAGAUGCAACUUAGCAUACUUACGGAUCGACUUCGUAGUCUUGGCCUACAAUAG